AUGUGGCUCCUUAGCUACUGAGAGCAACACCACAAUUCCUCAAUUGCGUUUGCCCACCCACCUCUUUGCUCUGAAAUGGCUGCCGCCGCAGAGCAGAGCGUCCUGAAGGGCGUCACCGGGCGCAACACCCGGGGACUGCUGCGCCUUAUCAUCCUCUGCACCAUUGCAGCUGCCGCCGUCUCCAGUCGCCUGUUCAGUGUUAUCCGCUUCGAGAGCAUCAUCCACGAAUUCGAUCCCUGGUUCAAUUUCCGUGCGACCAAAUACCUCGUGAACAAUGGCUUCUACAGCUUCUGGGACUGGUUCGACGACAGAACAUGGCAUCCUCUCGGCAGAGUCACGGGCGGCACCCUGUACCCGGGCUUGAUGGUUACCAGCGGCGUCAUCUACCACAUCCUCCGGUUCUUGACCAUUCCCGUCGACAUUCGUAACAUCUGCGUGUUGCUCGCACCCGCCUUCUCGGGCCUUACUGCUUUCGCCACCUAUCUCCUUACUUCGGAGAUGUCGGAAUCGCCGUCCGCUGGGCUUCUGGCGGCCGCUUUCAUGGGCAUUACGCCCGGCUACAUCUCGCGCUCCGUUGCGGGCAGUUACGACAACGAGGCCAUUGCCAUCUUUCUUCUCGUCUUCACCUUCUUCCUCUGGAUCAAGUCUCUCAAGAACGGAUCCGCCCUCUGGGGUGCGUUGACCGCGCUCUUCUACGGCUACAUGGUGUCAGCGUGGGGUGGAUAUGUUUUCAUCACGAACCUGCUUCCUCUGCAUGCUUUCGUGUUGAUCUGCAUGGGCAGAUACAGCCCUCGGCUUUACGUCAGCUAUACCACCUGGUAUGCGCUUGGGACGUUAGCUAGCAUGCAGAUUCCAUUCGUCGGAUUCUUGCCCAUCAGGAGUAGCGAGCACAUGUCCGCAUUGGGUGUGUUUGGCCUGCUUCAACUCGUGGGUUUCACCGAGUGGGUCAGGACGCAACUUCCGAGCAAGCAAUUCCAGACGCUCCUUCGCAGUCUGGUCUUGUUGGUGUUUGUCGUCGCCUUCGGAGGUUUGGUGCUCUUGACUGUUACUGGUGUCAUCGCUCCCUGGACGGGCCGUUUCUACUCUCUCUGGGACACGGGCUACGCCAAGAUUCACAUUCCCAUCAUUGCCUCCGUCUCGGAGCACCAGCCGACUGCGUGGCCCGCUUUCUUCUUUGACUUGAACAUGCUCAUCUGGCUGUUCCCUGCUGGUGUUUAUAUGUGCUUCCGCAAGUUGACGGACGAGCAGGUCUUUAUAGUCAUCUACGCCGUACUAGCUAGCUACUUUGCUGGUGUCAUGGUUCGGCUGAUGUUGACUUUGACCCCUAUUGUCUGCGUUGCGGCUGCCAUGGCGCUUUCGCAGAUUCUGGAUACCUACCUUGUUGUAGACACUCCUGCGGCAUCCGUCAAUGCCAAGGCUAAGGAGAGCGGUAACGCAGCUGAGGAAGUGGCUUCCACCAUGUUGCCGGCUUCCCUGCGCUCCACUCGUUCGCCUCUGGUUGGUAUUUACUCAUACGGCUCGAAGCUGACGGUCGUUGCUUCCACCACGAUCUAUCUGUUAUUGUUUGUCUUACAUUGCACGUGGGUCACGUCCAACGCCUACUCUUCUCCUUCCGUCGUUUUGGCCAGCAGGCUUCCGGAUGGGUCCCAGCACAUUAUCGACGACUACCGCGAGGCUUACUACUGGCUCCGUCAGAACACUCCUGACAAUGCCAAGAUUAUGUCGUGGUGGGAUUACGGUUACCAGAUCGGCGGUAUGGCUGAUAGGCCUACUCUUGUUGACAACAACACCUGGAACAACACCCACAUCGCCACUGUUGGCAAGGCCAUGAGCUCGCGGGAAGAAGUCAGCUAUCCUAUCAUGCGUCAGCACGAGGUCGACUAUGUGCUUGUCGUGUUUGGAGGUCUUCUUGGCUACUCUGGUGAUGACAUUAACAAGUUCCUAUGGAUGGUCAGGAUCGCUGAGGGCAUUUGGCCCGAUGAGGUUAAGGAACGCGAUUACUUUACCCCGAGAGGCGAGUACCGUGUUGAUGAUCAAGCGACUCCGGCAAUGAAGAACAGUCUGAUGUACAAGAUGUCUUACUACAACUACCACACACUUUUCCCCGCUGGGCAAGCUGCGGACCGCGUCCGUGGCGUCCGUCUGCCGGCUGAGGGCCCUCAGCUUAGCACGAUCGAGGAAGCGUUUACCAGUGAGAACUGGAUCAUCAGAAUUUACAAGGUCAAGGAUCUGGACAACUUGGGCAGGGACCAUGCCAGCGCCAUGGCUUUUGAGAAGGGUAACAAAAAGAAGAAAUCUACGAAGCGGAGGGGAGCGAGGACUUUGCGUGUCGAAUGAUUGGACCUACAGGGCGGUUGCUGUACUUUCACUAAGAACAAUCAAGUAGCUAAGAGCCAAGUGUACAAUAAAGAGCUGGUCACAGGGUCUGUGUUAAAAAAGCACAUGACUGGAGUUGCAUUUUAGGGUACGGUUUCUUUUCACAUGACAAUAUCCCCUCG